GCGGGUAUAAAAGGACCCUGGAUCGGAGGAUCAGGCAUCAUUCGAGCUCAACGCUUCGUACAGUAAACAUCUCAGCUACACAGCAGCUAAACACAAAAUUCCAAAACACAUCAUCAUGUGCCAGAACAAGAGCAACACCAACAACACCAUGACCAUCAAGUCGAACAAGAAGUCCUACAGCGUGAAGAAACUGCUGCAGAAGAUCUUCAAGCAGCAGCAGCGCGUCGAGGAGGAGCAGAACCUCAAGAACGCCCUCAAGGCCAACUCUUUGGAGUCUCUGGAAUCCAUGGAGAACAGCCGCAACGCCGAUCUGGAGUCCGCCUCCAUCUGCGCCUCUCUGGAGUCCUGCGAGAACGAGGCCAACGAGCGUCUCUCCCAGUCCUGCGAAAUUGAGGACUACGACUUCGAGCAACUGCCCACCGUGCCCGUUCACUUCGUCCGCACCGCCCACGGCACCUUCUUCUGGACCGCCGUCUCCGAUCUGCCAGCCGACAACGACCUCGUCGAGCCCCUCUACUGCAGCACCUCCAACGCCAUCGCCAUCCCCCAGGAUCGUUGGGUUCAGGCCUAAGAAAUAUCAGCGUCCUGCAACCUGCAUCCAUCAUCCCGCAACUAUGUCUUCCAUUGGAUCUCCAGCUUUAAUCAACGUCUUCCGUUAAUUUUUGACACCAUUCCACAAAAAUUAACACGCAAGCCGAUCAACUCAACUGAAGAGCUUUACAAAAAUUGUGAUACAUUUUACUUAACAAACACAAAAAAAAAUCAAAAUAUAUAUACAAUUUAAAUGAAA